AUGAACCAACCUUCCACUUCCGUCGGUAUACAAGGAGUUCUAAGGACGUCCCGUGGUGAUUCUGUGGGACGUCUAAGUGGUUGUAUUAGCAUGCAGGCAGCUGAGGCAUAUAUGUGCGGUGCGCUAGUCCGUGAUAGGCAGCCUAGGGCCAACACCUCCCCUCGGACUAGUAGCCGUACAGAUAUCUAUCUAUCUAUCUAG